UACCCUGGGUUCGUGACUCAACGUUUUUAUCGAUGAGCAGUUGAUGCGAAAGUUGUUCCACGUGGCAGAUGUACGGCCAACCUGGCAGGGAGGAUAUGGGCCCACCAGUUGUCGAGUAACCGGGUCUUAAGGUAGUUUCUGAGACAGAAACCUGGUACUGGCAGUGCAUCUACGGGGCUUUUACCGUUAGCGCCAGUAACUUGUAUAAAGAAGUGGGGGUUUAAGACAUACAUGCGGUGGUUUAUUUCUCAGGGUUUUUCUUUGGCCAUGAACAACAAACAAAACAUUGGAUGGUUCAUCAUUACAGGGGCUCUUCUUUGUUAGACUAUGUGGUGCAGUUGACCGCAGGAGUUGUGUAGCAUGAAGUUUUUAUACUGUAAAAAUACUGCUGUUUUUUUGUGUUCGCUGAAUAUUUCUUGGGAUGGUUUCUGAGAUAUGGUGUUGCAGAAGAGGUUGGACUAUGGAUUCAAUGGCUAUCAGGUGCCUCCUAUACCUCGAGCUACCAGAUCGGCAAGGAGAAUGGGCAUUAUUAGGAGGAAAGCUGAUGGCGAUGGAACAUGUCCCUUUGACUUGUUAGCUACUGUAGCUGGCAAGUUAUUGGGGGAGGGAGAGAGCUCGCCUGAUUCUACGUGUUCUCCUAGAGGGAAGGAGCAAAAUGCAAUUGUGAAAGAUGAGAAGAUAAAAGAAAAAUCUUAUGCUGAAGGUUGUUAUGAGCGGGGGUUCUUCAUUUCUGAGCUUGUCUCACAAGCUCCAGUUGUAAAUCGUUCUUUAAGUGAACUGCCACAUGCUCAAAAUGAUACCAUCUCUGGACCUGCAUCUGUCACUAUGAGUUCUGAUUGCUCAGAGAAGCUCCCCUUUGCUAAACAAUUUGUCAAUGGUGAAACAAGGGAGGAGGAACAUGGAGUCUUUUCAAGUUGUAUAUUAGACACAGAAAGUGAUAAACAGAUUAAAAUUGAGCUGUCAAAUAAUGCUAAAGUUUCUACAACUAAGGGGGCUGCAAUUUCCAGUUCAGAGUUCCCUGAUGUUUGGGAUAAGAAACCUUCAACACUACUUGUUACUUCAGAUGAUAGUGUAAAAUUAUCUUUGUCUCCGUAUCCUGCUCCUUGUAGGGCCUUUCCGGUGAUCCGGAAUGAUGUAAAGUUAGAUAAUAGAGAUGAUGAUGAAAACUUUGGGUGCACUCAACCAAGCACCCCAAAUAAGGCAUCUGGGUCAGCACCACGUGUACGAGAUCGCCCAAUUAAGAAGUUACUAGCUUCCAAAUAUUGGGAAGAAAAUCUAAAAUCUGACAAUGAGGGGCAUGCCAAUACUGGUGGGAAAACAAUGCAUGCUUACCACAACAGAAACAGUGCCCACCAAAGGUCUCAGAGGGAUUUUCCUUUCAAGAAAAGAAAGCUCUUCAAAUGUGGCUCCUUCUCUAAUUCUGAUGGAGAGAUGAGUACCGAUGGAAUUUGUAGUUCUCCAACCAGUGACUUACAUGGAAAUGCUUCCGGUUAUAGUAAAGCAUCUUCGGGAGGCGGUGCAGCAGCUGGGACGUCAGUCUUCAAUGGAGGUCGUGCAUCCUUCAAGCCUAGUGAUUCCUGUGUUAAAUUUAGAAUCAAAUCCUUCAGGGUUCCUGAUCUUUUUGUCGAGAUUCCAGAAAAUGCAACUGUUGGUUCUUUAAAGAGGACCGUAAUGGAAGCAGUGACUGCUAUACUUGGUGGUGGACUACGUAUCGGUGUGGUUUUUCAGGGUAAGAAGGUUAGAGAUGAUAACAAAACCUUAUUGCAGACUGGAAUUUCUCAUGAUUACGAGCUUGAUGCUCUGGGCUUCUCACUGGAGCCCAAUCCCAUUCAAGCUUCUCCACCUCUUGGUCCAGAUUGGCGUUCUUGUGUCCUUCCUUGUGAUACACCUCAACCACUAACAAGGUGCCUAUCUCCUGCUAUUACUGGCAUUCAUCAGGGGAGAUCUGAUGAUCAUACAGGAACAAGUUUGAAUAAUUUUGUUGAAAGUGAUCGUGAUUCAGCUCCAUCUCCUCAUUACGCAGCAUUGGAGAAAAUUUCUGCAAAUUCAAGAGCAUUGGUUCCAGUAACUGCGGUAAAUGCAGAAGCCUUGGCCGUAGUUCCAUUGCUGAAGCCCAAGCGAUCUGAGGCCACACAGCGUCGAAUCCGUAGACCUUUUUCUGUUGCGGAAGUGGAAGCACUUGUUCAAGCUGUUGAGAAGCUUGGAACAGGAAG